AUGACUAGAGAACAAAAUAUUUCAUCUGAAGCUAUCAUUGAAGAAGAUGGUGGUGCUCAAUUCCAAUCCUAUCUUAAUAACGACGGUAUUGACGAAUUAAUUCCCCAGGUUAGAAAACAUCGUGUAUCAUCCUUAUCCUUAUCUGAUUUAAGUAAUUGGCAAAAUGGUUUAACAAAAUUAUCUUCGUCAACUUCACUUUCAAAUAAAAAUUCAUCAUCUGCUAAUUUAAUGAAAGUUGAUUCUUUGGCUAAAUUAUCAAGAAAUUCAUCUAUUAUUAAAAGAAAGAAGAAAGAAGUCAUUGAUCAUGAAAGAGUUGCCUCAUAUGCCUUUUGUUUUGAUAUUGAUGGUGUUAUUUUAAGAGGUCCAAAUACAAUCCCUGAAGCUGUGGAAGCCAUAAAGAUGUUGAAUGGUGAAAACAAGUACAAAAUUAAAGUUCCUUCUAUUUUUGUUACUAAUGGUGGUGGUAAACCAGAACAACAACGUGCUGACGAUUUAUCCGAAAGAUUGGGUUGCACAAUUACCAAAGAACAAAUUAUUCAAGGUCAUACUCCAAUGAAGGAUUUGGUUGGUGUAUACAAUAAUGUCUUGGUUGUUGGUGGUAUUGGUAACACUUGUCGUAAUGUUGCUGAAUCUUAUGGGUUCAAGAAUGUAUAUACUCCAUUGGAUAUCAUGAAAUGGAACCCGGCCGUUUCUCCAUAUCAUGAUUUAACUGAAGAAGAAGAAGUUUGUACCAAAAAAGUGGAUUUUUCAAAAGUUUCCAUUGACGCUAUUUUAGUGUUUGCUGAUUCUAGAAAUUGGGCUGCAGAUCAACAAAUCAUUUUGGAAUUGUUGGUUUCUAAGAAUGGUGUGAUGGGUACUGAAUCCAAGACUUUUGAUGAAGGUCCACAAAUUUAUUUUGCUCAUUCUGAUUUCAUUUGGGCUACAAAUUAUAAAUUAUCUCGUUAUGGUAUGGGUGCCUUGCAAGUUUCUAUUGCUGCUUUAUACAGAGAACAUACUGGUAAGGAAUUGAAAGUUAAUAGAUUUGGUAAACCACAAAAGGGUACUUUUAAAUUUGCCAAUAAAGUCUUGGCCCAUUGGAGACAAGGUGUUUUGGAUGAACAUUUGAAGAAAUUGUCUAUUAAUGAUCCAGAUGCCGAUGAUGCUGAUAUUUUAAUUAAUGAAGAUGGUGAAGAAAUUGUCAAUCAAGCUAAAUUGGAAAAUUAUAGAUGGUCUAGUGAUGAAGAUGACGAUGAAGAUGAUGAAGAAGAUAAAGAAGUUAAAUUGAAUGUUGGCAAGAUUGCCGAAGUUGGAAAACCUGAUAAAAUCACCUUGGAAUUACCACCAGCAUCUACUGUGUACUUUGUUGGUGACACUCCAGAAUCUGAUAUCAGAUUUGCUAAUUCUCAUGAUGCUUCAUGGCACUCAAUUUUAGUUAAAACUGGUGUCUAUCAAGAAGGUACCGAACCAAAAUACAAACCAAAACACUUGUGUGAUAACGUCUUGGAAGCUGUUAAAUAUGCUAUUGAAAGAGAACAUCAAAUGGAAUUGGCUGAAUGGAAUUCAGUCACUGACAAACAAGACGAACAAGAACCUGAAGUUGAUAAUGAACCUGUUAAAACUACUGACUGGUUUGGUUAG